UGGUCUUGCGUAGUUUAUGACAACUGUUACUUUGUUGCGCUGGCGUGGUCUUGCGUAGUUUCUGAAAACUGUUACUUCGUUGCGCUAGCGUGGAACAUUUCGGACUGACAUGUUUCUUUACCUCCUUGGACUGGUGGUGUUUUACUACCUGUACCGCUGGUUCCGYGAGAUCCCCAGAGUCCCAGAAAAAGGAGACAAAUAUGUCUACAUCACGGGGUGUGACUCUGGUUUCGGCAACCUUUUGGCCAAACAUCUGGACGAGCUGGGUUUCUCUGUGAUCGCAUCCUGCUUCACAGAGAAGGGAGAGGAAGAUCUGAGGAAGGCCUGUUCAGGCAGAUUCACUACCCUCCACCUGGAUGUCAAAAAGAACGAGAGCGUCGACAAAGCAGCUGCUUUGAUUAAAGACAAAGUUGGGGCUAGGGGCCUGUGGGCUGUGGUGAACAAUGCAGGCGUGGCCAUGCCCUCAGCCCCCUGUGAUUGGCUGACCAUUGAUGACUACAAGUCCAUGCUGGACGUGAACCUGAACGGGGUCAUCGCAGUCACCCUGAGUGUGCUGCCCCUCAUCAAGAAGGCCAGGGGUCGCGUGGUCAAUGUAGCCAGUGUGUUCGGCAGGAUCAGUCCAGUCGGAGGACCUUACACCGUGUCUAAGUAUGGAGUGGAGGCCUUCAAUGACAGUCUCAGGAGAAACAUGGUACCUUUCGGAGUCAAAGUCCUCUGCAUUGAGCCAGGCUUUUUCAAGACCACCAUGACCAACUGGAUAGUCCUGGGGAAAAACUUCAAGCAGCUGUGGGAGAAGAUGCCACAAGAAGUCAGAGAUGAUUAUGGACAUGAUUAUUUGGACAAGGUGGACGUGAGGAUGAGGGAGAAACUUGACAAGAUGUCCGACGCCGACCUGAUGAAGGUGGUGAGCUGUAUGGAGCACGCUGUCUCUGCAGUCCYUCCUCGCACCCGUUACUCGCCAGGGUGGGACGCCAAGCUCUUCUGGAUCCCUAUGUCCUACAUGCCAACCGGGUUCGUCGACUGGCUACUGCUCAGGAAAGCCAUCAUUCCAGCCAAGGCUGUCUACUAAGGCUGACGUAAGAUUGUCAGUGUUUAUGCCGUCAGAACAAAUACAUUAUUGUGCUGUGCUAUUGCUUGUCUUUAAUGUAUAUAACACUCUUGUAUCCUCCGGUCUGCAGGCUGAAAUACAGUAUGAUGUAAGCUUUGCUACAGACAUGGUUUAACCUCUGACAACAAAAUAAAAGCCAUAAUUGCUAUUUGGUA